AUGGCUCUUUCGCGCUUUAGCAAGAAGAAAUAUGAGGUGAAACGGGCAUUGAAGAGGUUCACUAAGAAGCUCAGAUCCAAAUUUAGAGACCUCGAGAUUGCUGAAUCGGUCAGAGAUUCGACUUCUCGUCUCCUCCGUGUCAUCUCUCGCAUUCUCAUCGUUCCUUUCAAGACAAGGUACCUUCAAAACACUAUCACUCGAACCCAUUUUAACAACUACUAUAGUCAUGGUCACGACAAGAGACAAGGGUUCCGGUUCCUCGAAUUCUUCUCUAGUCCUUUCGCCAAAACAAAGUAUAUUAGAAGGCAAAGUGAGACCAAUUACUUGAAAAUCUACCAGUACCAAAGCCAGGGGAUGAUUAGGAGCGAGGAGAAAGUUUCGGGGCGAAAAAUGGAAAAAGAAGAAGAAGAGGAGCCAAAGAAGAUUGUUGAUUCGAUGGAAGAUGCUUGGAGGAGAGUGGUGGCUGCAUCUCCGCACCUUAGGAGGGUGGACGAAAGAGCCAGCGAAUUCAUCUAUAAGUUCAGAGAGGAGAUGAGAAUGGAGAAAGAAAGAUCUUUUCUUGAGUUUCAAGAAAGAAAAUCUUAA